CAAACCAACUGCAGCAGAUGCCUGUUUAGAAGUUUGCUUGGUUGGACAGUUGGAAUGAAGGUCGUCACAGGAUUUGAACAUUGGUCGGCGUGCAUAAGCAACAUAGCCGAACAAGCUUGUAAUUUGUAAUACAGAACAGGUAACAACACUCUGUUAUGUCCAUGGCUGCUGAUACCUUCCCCCCUCUAAUCGCGGCGCAGCUCAAUUAUCUUCUCACUCACUCUCCGCUAUCCGUAAAGGUUGAUCAGAUAUGGUCAGGUUGCAAGAAUCAUCAUCUCUCCGAUCGCUUCACUCUACUUAUACCAUUCUGCCUAGACUAUCUGAAAUGGGAUGUGAUUUACAACGCACAAUUCCCAUUGUCAGCACCGGAUAUUAUAUUUGCAGCGGAAGACGAAAGCUUCCACCCGCUAGCCAUUGCUGGUGAAGAGGACGGGGGUAUUCACAAACCCAAGAGCAGUCUAUGUGAUUGGAAUAGCAAAGACCCUUCUCGGUUGCUCUCUCUUAUUCAUGAAUUAAGGGACCUUUACAUAUCAUACCAGAGGAAGCGUGUUGGAGAGCUUGAAGAUGAGAGAUUGAAGUUUGAAAUUAGCACCAUUAUCUUCAGGGAGGGAAUUGAAAUGUGUAUGAUUUCGGGGGCUGACAAGCUCGAGGAGGUGAAGUUUUCCGUGCCUUUACUGGAUAUGGACUUAAAUAAACUGGUGCAGGGAUGUCCCUGGAGACAUCAGCAAAAGAUCUAUUUACAGGUUAUAUUUCCAGUGAGUAGAAAAUAUUCUGUGGCCCCUUCUGCUCCACGUAUAAAACUGGUCUCAUCUUCUGAGCUAAAAAUGUUAUUCUCUGUUGAAGAUGUCAAGCUUCCUCCAUGGUUAGAUGGAAUGUGCAUGGCUGAAUAUCUUCCUACUCUGGAAGAAACUCUGAAGGAACAGGUCUUGGAGUCUGUUGCAUCAAUUGGAGUCAGAAGGCGUUUUAUUGAGGCUUUAGCUCCUCUGUUUGGGAGGCCCGUGGAAGCAGAUCCUGUCUUUUGCAGGAAGGCUACAGUUCUUGCUGCCACCGGGGUUUUUACGUUUCUGGUGCACUUUAUCAUUCCAACUCAGUUCCCUAAGCAACAACCUGUUUUGAUGCUUCAAAGUUCUCAGCAUUUCAACUCUCAAGGCACACCAAUCAUGUCACCUCCUUUGACUGAUUAUCGUUGGAGUCCAAGAUGGGAAGCCUCACUGAUGGCUGAGCGCAUCUUUGAAUUCUUGGUGGAGGAGUGUCUAAGUUUCAAGAAGUACUGCAAUGAGACCCAACUUCAGCAGCACUAGUGUUGUGGUUUUUAAAGGUAACAACACCCUAGAGUAAUUCAAUGAUGUAAAUGUUAUUUUGCUUUUAUUGGGUUUGGUUUUAAAAUGUAUCCUAUCAAUUUCCCCCGUAUUUUAAGAUACUGGUAUUGGUAUUGUGUACUCUACCUGUAAUGAUGCUCCAUGGAGCACUAAAAAAAUGUGUCAAUGAUAUGAUACCGAAGCAAACAGGUUCCCCAGUAGAGGGAACAUAAUAAUCUUUU